CUGAGAGUGAAUCCAAAACUUACAAAGAACGAGAUGGUUGCUGAAAUUAGGAGGGAAUACAACUUGGAAGUAACUCCAGAUCAGUGUGCUAAGGCGAAGACCAAAGUGCUGAGAGCAAGACAUGCUAGUCAUGAUGAUCACUUUUCAAGAAUAUGGGAUUAUCAAGCUGAGGUUUUAAAGCAGAAUCCAGGGACAGAGUUUGAGAUAGAGACAGUUCCAGGGCCUGUUAUUGGAAGCAAGCAGAGGUUUUAUCGGUUAUAUAUAUGUUUUAAAUCUCAAAAGGAUUCUUGGAAGCAAACUUGUAGACCUGUGAUAGGGAUCGAUGGAGCCUUUCUGAAAUGGGAUAUAAAGGGUCAUCUUCUUGCUGCUGUUGGAAGGGAUGGCGAUAACAGGAUUGUUCCUAUUGCUUGGGCAGUUGUAGAGAUAGAAAACGAUGAUAAUUGGGACUGGUUUAUGAGACACCUCUCUGCUAGCUUGGGACUCUGUGAAAUGCAACAUCUAGCUAUCAUCUCAGAUAAACAGUCGGGUCUAGUCAAAGCUAUCCAUACCAUACUCCCAGAAGCUGAGCAUCGACAAUGUUCAAAGCAUAUAAUGGACAAUUGGAAGAGGGACAACCAUGAUAUAGAACUAACACGACUCUUUUGGAAGAUUGCCCGCAGUUACACCACAGAAGAGUUCAACAAUCAAAUGGAAGAGCUUAGGAAGUACAAUCCUCAAGCUCAUGCAAGUCUUCAGCUUACUAAUGACAUGGUCAAGAGCCUUCUUUAGAAUAGGGACAUGCUGCAAUGACAGCCUCAAUAAUCUCAGUGAGUCUUUUAAUAGGACUAUUAGACAGGCUAGGAGAAAGCCUUUGUUGGAUUUGCUAGAAGACAUCCGGAGGCAAUGCAUGGUGAGAACUGCAAAGAGGUAUAUCAUUGCUGACAGAUUGAAGACAAGGUUCACAAAGAGAGCCCAUCUUGAGAUUGAGAAAAUGAUAGCUGGGGUUGGAAAUUGUGAGAGAUAUAUGGCCAGAAACAAUUUGCAUCAAAUAGAAGUGAAUGGUGUUAGUUACUUUGUAGAUAUGGAGAAGAAAACUUGUGGUUGCAGGAAGUGGCAGAUGGUGGGGAUCCCUUGUAUUCAUGCGGCAUCUGUGAUAAUAGGAAAAAGAGAGAAAGUUGAAGACUAUGUCAGCGAGUAUUA